GCAUCGUCCUAUGGCAACCGCUUGCUCAACAGAAUCAGUAAUCAGGAAGGGCAAUUAGUUCCUUUCCAUUAACGAUUUUCUUGGCGAUGUGUGAUGUUAGAAAGCUGCUAAAAUGAUGUUCUCCUUACUUAGUCAAGGAUAUGGGACUUACGAUGGAACAGCAAAAAAAGAUUAUCAAGAAAUCGCGGACCAAAAGGUAUCGAACGUAACUGAUCAUCAGUCUUGCACUCGUAUAAUUUGCAGCAGACGAAUCCAUCAUGUCAUUUUUCGUGUUCUUCUUGGUAUAAACUCUGGUCAAAAAGAAGUGUCUGAUUUUACACUUCUUUUGAGAAUGAUUUUGUGUAUGGCUGUUGCUCGAAGCGUGAAGGCUUUUUAGAGCUCAUUUGCAGGAUUCGAUUCUUCCCGAGUUAAUCCCGCAUUCUAUCGCGUGCUUAGGUUUUGCUCCAUUAAUGUAUCGCGGUUCUUUCGUUCGAACGUGUAAGAGAUCCCGCCACUAGCUUCUCCGAGCUUCAAUAUUGAGUAUAGUACACGGAGUUUUGUUAAAGUGUUGUUCGAAUUCAAUAUCGGGGUCAGCGUGUUUUAUAUUGACUUUUUGAUGUCGCGGUACGUAUAAAGUCAUUGAAACCAGUGAUUCCUGUCGAGCCGGGCAUUCUAUUGUGGAGAAACAAUACCUUACAAAAAUAAUAAAUCUUCCCAUAAUUGUCAUUGCAACACGAAAUUUUCGUUCGCUCGACGCGAAUUUUGUCGGAAUAAUCAAGUUGGCACUGUCCAAGCAUGCUAAUGUGCUUUAGUUUACAAAUUGUAAACAAACAGCAAAGUUUCAUAAAGCUCAAAACAAUACGUAUAAUUAUUUUUACAUGAAAGGCUCUAAGACUUUAAUACCAGCGAUAAUUCUUCCAUUUUUGUGUUCAAGACUCUCUUGUUCCAAAAUAAUUAGAAUGCUAUGGUAAAAUUUUUUUCUUCAAGACGGAUUCGUCGAUUUAUCAUCUUUGAAGCUUAUUUCCAUAAGUUGUUUUGAUUAAACUUUUUUCAACCAUCGCAGCUGUUAAUAAUCCCUGUGGAUAACUUUGACAGAGCUCAGAUUUGACCGGCAAAUGUCAACUUUUUAUGUCCGUGCCAAAUAAUCGUUGGAAGUUUGACACAUUAGUAAAAUUAAUUUGACAGAUUUAUUAAAACUGUGUCAAUUCCGUUUCUGAUCAGGCCGGUAUAAUAAGUUUUGAAUAAAUUUAAUAUGAGGCACUAUAUCAUAGUGAACUCGGUAUGCAAUGUUGGAUUUUAAUUAAGCUAUAAAACAUAACACUGGUUACUUGGGGAGCCAUAUGUAUAUAAGGGCAAUCUGCACUAGCAGACAAAUUUGGAAUUGUCUUUGAAAUAUCUAAACCAAAAAUUGUAUGGAAAGAAUAAUGGCUUUACAAGAAGUGAUUGACAAGAAAAACACAUUAUAAUUUAGUUUGUCAAUUUUGACACGUUUUUGCCUGGGAUAACUUUUGUCCACGGCACCUUUGAAGAUUUUCCUGUCUCAGACAAAAGUUGUAUAAGUGCGACAAACCAUCUGAAUUUGUUAAGCAUUGGAGAGGACAGAAAAUUUGUCUAAAUAAAUAGCUUUUUUGCUAGUGUGGAUCAGCCCUAAUGCUCCGUCCAACGUUCAAAACUGUUAUACCUAGCAACUUAAAAUUGUAGUGUCAACCCUGAUUUAGCAGGAGCCAACACCAAUAACAGUUCACAUAAUGCAAGCCUGAUUUAAAGUGCAUCUUUUUUUCAUGUAGGAGUAUUUUUCUUUGGACGAUCUCCAUUUGCCCCCCAUUGGAUCAAAUUACAGAAUACCACCACAAAUUGAGGUGUCAGAUUACCAGGCUGGACCCAGAUAUGAGAACAAGUUAUUUAGAUUACCUAAGGUAGAUAACACUAAGCAAUCAUGUAUAAAUGUACCGAAGACCUACACAACAAGGAAAGGAGCAUUACUUUUAUAUGCAGAGGACUUUUUCCUGCCUGGUUCUCCGAAACCAAGAAAGAAGCGCCACAGAAUUAAGAAACAAUCGUCUCUUAAGUUAAAGACAAUCAGUGACUUGAGGAACUCCAUCUUGGACUAUAAGAAUGGGGUAUGUAUGGUAUUAUGCUGUGUAGGAUUUAAGUACUUUAAAAUGAUUAAAAGGUUUAGGGUGCAUUUGCUUGACCUUAUUCUGGAAAAAGAAUAUACAGAUGUUUUGAUACAAUUUAUUUCCUGGGAUUUUUGAACCACUGGUAUGCUACAAUCUACAUGCAUCUUCAGUUAAUACUGUGUUUCCUCUAAAUUUAUGUAUGAAUGGUUGAACAAAUAGUUUCUCAAAUUUAUUCCACUUAUUCCAGUAUUUCUAUAAUAUGGUCAAAUGGAUCAACCCUUAAAAGCAUGAUGCCAUCCUAUAAAAAUAAUUUAAUGCUACCUUCAGAAUAUUCCUUUCCCUGUGGAAAGUGGCCAAAGCCGAUGUUCAGCAAAAUUAAAAACAAACCAAAACACAACACAAUAAAAUAGUACCAUGUGCAAGAAGCACUUUGUACAGCAUAAUAAACAGUACCACAGGAAAGUACUGCUCAGUAGCUUUCAUUUGAAUGGUCACACUUUAGGAUUUCAUCCACAGACUCAAAAGUUAGAACCACCUUGUACAGCAUAAUAAAUAGUACCACAGGAAAGUAUUGCUCAGUAGCUUUCAUUUGAAUGGUCACACUUUAGGAUUUCACCCACAGACUCAAAAGUUAGAACCACCUUGUGCAGCAUAAUAAACAGUACCACGGGAAAGUACUGCUCAGUAGCUUUCAUUUGAAUGGUCACACUUUAGGAUUUCACCCACAGACUCAAAAGUUAGAACCACCUUGUGCAGCGUAAUAAACAGUACCACAGGAAAGUACUGCUCAGUAGCUUUCAUUUGAAUGGUCACACUUUAGGAUUUCACCCACAGACUCAAAAGUUAGAACCACCUUGUACAGCAUAAUAAACAGUACCACAGGAAAGUACAACUCAGUAGCUUUCAUUUGAAUGGUAACACUUUAGGAUUUCAUCCACAGACUCAAAAGUUAGAACCACCUUGUACAGCAUAAUAAACAGUACCACAGGAAAGUACUACUCAGUAGCCUUCAUUUGAAUGGUCACACUUUAGGAUUUCACCCACAGACUCAAAAGUUAGAACCACCUUGUACAGCAUAAUAAACAGUACCACAGGAAAGUACAACUCAGUAGCUUUCAUUUGAAUGGUAACACUUUAGGAUUUCAUCCACAGACUCAAAAGUUAGAACCACCUUGUACAGCAUAAUAAACAGUACCACAGGAAAGUACUGCUCAGUAACUUUCAUUUGAAUUGUCACACUUUAGGGUUUCACCCACAGACUCAAAAGUUAGAACCACCUUGUACAGCAUAAUAAACAGUACCACAGGAAAGUGGUCACACAACAGGAUUUUGUCCUUAGACUCGAAGGUCAUAUCUGUAGAUCGCUAGAACCACCUUACUUACCAGAUCCCGUCAUAUACUCUGGCAGUGAAAGGUUUUAUGUGACCAAAUUCUCAUGGCCUAGUAGCAGCAGUGUUGAUGGGGUUCAACUAGAUUGUGGGAGGCAUUGAGUAAUCUAAUAUUCAGCGUGCUGAACUCAGGAUUGAGAGGUCUUGGUUCAAGCCCUUGCCUGAGCUGGAUUCUUGUGCUUUGUUCUUGGGCGAGACACUUCUUUCUCGUACUCUCACAGUGCCUCACACCAUGGCCCCUGGCCCAGGUGUAUUAAAGGGUAUUGGUGAAUGUAAUGCCGAGGGGUAAUCCUAUGAUGAACUACAGCUCUAGCAUCCUGUCAUUGGGGCAGGUGGAGAGGGGAGUUUGGCCUUUUUUAUUACCUUCUUUAGUAAAGUAUCUUUUGUUUUCAACAGGGGGAUCCCCUUUUUCUGGCUUUGCUUGAGAAACGCCUCAGUGGCUACAAAGACCAUUCAGUGAGACCAGGGUUUUCACCAAAACGCUACAUUGCAUCUCUUGGAAAUUCACUGGAGGGAGACACUUGGAAUCGAUUAACUGCUACAGGUUCUAUAAAGGAUCCAACACUACUGACUUUUGAUCCGAAAGGAGCACCAUUUCACCAGGAUGUUGGUUUGGGCUCUUUAUUUCCUGAUAAACCACAGCCAUACAGUACAAUGUCCCUUCCUCCUGUGUCCCCAUCAAGCUCAAUGUUUGACAGCUCAUUUCAUUUUUACAAGAAUGGAAUGUCAACUGGAGCUGCGUCACUGAUAUCUAUAAAUAGUGAAACAGAAGAAUACGCUCCAUCUUCAAGAGCUUUGAGUCCAGCUGAAUCAUUGAGCAAUCGCCUUCCUGAAGUGGAACUCCUGCCGCAAAGAAGAGACCAGUAUGGACUGUUAAAUGCUAAACAGAAAGAAGACCUAAUUUCUCAUCUUUUACUUCAGAAAACUUUAGAAUCUGAUCUCUCAGACCUUCAGGGAUGGGUGACAAACUACCCAGAUGAAGGGGGAGGGGUAGAACAGGAACCUGCUGUUAUGGUUACCAUACCAAAGAGUAAAGCCAAACACAGAGGGAGCCUUAAAUCGGGCUCUUUUCCUUCCAUACCACGCCUACCCCCUAUACAAUCUGCAGGGGCAAGACCGACAACACCUAUGGAACUUCAAGAUGGCAGAACCGUGAUGCUGGCAUCACGUGAUGAACAAAAAGACACUUUCCCUGACACCAAACAGGAACCUGAUGUUGUUGAUCUAGGUUCUAUACUCUUAGAAUUAAGUUCCUCGGAUCAAAGCAUUCCUUCAUUAGACCAAAGAGACCUACAGGGUAAGUUAAAACCAUCUGGAGUACUUACCAUUUAAAUGGGAAAACCAGAAAUUUCGGUUGGAAAAUCUAAUGGUUCAUGCCAUUCUCUCUGGGAAGCUUCAGAAAAUAUGGGUUUGAUUUGAGGCAAGGCAUUUUUUCUAAUCUUUUAAGUCUGUUCAACUGAUGUUGAUAUACAUACAUACAUACAUAUACCUUAUUUAUACUCAAAAUUUACAGAGUAGCUGUAGAGCUAAUACCUUCGAGAAAAUAAGUUAAAAUAAAAUAAAAUACGCUAUCAUUAUUACAAUUCCAAUAUUACUUAUAAACUAUAGACAACAUUAUAAUUUAUAUGCACAGGGAAAUAUAACUUGUAGAUCUACUGUGGAAAAGCUUCAUAUCUGAUAUACUUUGUAGUGGGUUGUUCUCCCACUAAAUCAAAUUUUAGUUUUAAGUUUAUAAUUACACGCAUUACAUUUCCACCAAGAUGGUGUGUGUAAAUGCUAAGUGCCCCUGGAAUCUUUAUUAUUUUACCAUUAUAUUACCCUUGAGAGCAUUAGAGUAGAUCAUUGUCACAUUAUUACAAUAACAGUUUAACCUUGUCGUUAAGGUGGGGACGUCAUUGCUGGGUCUGAAGCAACUGCUAACAGUGAAAGUAAGAGUGUGUCAAAUGUUAAAGAUGAUGACGAUGUUGCUGCAUCUGACCAAGCUGCUAAUGAGAGUGUAUCAGAAGAUUCAGCUGAAAGAGUGUCUCUUAAAAGGGACUCCAGUGAAGAAGGUACCAUUUCCCUUGUUAGGUUCAGAAAGUCAAGGGAGAUCUAGGGGGUUGGGGGGGGGGAGGGGAGGGGAGGGCAGUUCUCUUGGGUGCCAGUGUAUUCCCUACUAACCUCUGAUCAGGGCUGUCACUAAGAACUGCUUGAUGGGAAUUGUUGUGGUUUUUUUAUGCUUUAUUAGGGCAAAACUAUAAUCAUGAAAAAAAUUUAAAAGACAUGAAUAAAGAAAUAAUUUAUUAUAAUUUAUUACAAGAAUUAUUGAAAAAUAAUAAUAAUUGCGGAUCACCAAAAGGGUAAGUGCAAACAUGACGCUCCCCCCAUGCAAGGCACCGCCCUGUUGUUACUUACAAUUGCAAUGUGUUGUUCCAAAAAUUAUCCACACCACCCCCACAGAAGGGAUUUUUCCUUAGACCCCCCCCCACCUCUCUGGAAAUUCCAGUCAAGCUUCAUACAUGUACUUAAAUUUUUGGGCAUUUGAGAACCCCCCCCCACCCCCCAGGAAUUUCCAAUCCCUCCUGUGGGGGGAGUAUGGAUAUUUCCUGGAACUACACAAUUUCAAUUACGAUGCUGUUAAAUAGCUUAUUUUACCCUUGAAAAAAAAAUUAAUUCAAACCCUAGAUGUACGCUAACAAAAAAAGUCCCCUGGCUUUAUAACUAUGAGCCUGAUCCCACUGGUUACUUUUAUAGGAGGCAAAAGGAAAAUACAACCAACAGAACUCCCUGGCUUUUUAAAUCCUCGCCUACUAUAUUAACUACAUGUGCAUCGCAACUUUUUAACUUUGAAAAAAUUUUAGCGACAGCCCUGCUGAUAUCAUGUCUCUUCGGCCUUAGAUACAGAAUAGUGUUUGAGAAAAUCCCACACCACAGUCCAAGGGUAGAUCUGAUAAAAAAAACAAGACGUGAUUUACUUUUUCCCUUCCUGAUGAUACCUUCUUGUGUUUGUAAUUGCAGCCGACGAACCUUCAGACGUUGUCAAAGGUGAUAAAAAUGAAGGAGAGGCUCAUUCUGAGAGUGAAGAGUCUAUAGCUGGUCAAGGAGUGUUACAGAAUGAUGCAGUCAUAGCUCUUGAUGAUAUAGUUCUUACAGAUGACACCAUUCACAGCGAUGACAAGCAAGGAAACCAGGACAAAAAUAUGGAAGAUGUUGGUGCAGAGAUUGCUAUGACAGAAAGGAAGGAAACUUCUGCCGAAGGAGGAGGUGGCGAACUUGAUAAUGGCGCAGAUUUAGUUGCACCUUUAGGUGACACUGAGCUGGUGGGAAAAGAAGAGACUGGUGCAUCUCAGAACAUAGGACGUGCUGAAGAAAAUGAGGGUAUUAGCCUUGACGGAGAAGAACUUGACGCUACUAAAAAACAGGAGAAUGAAGGGGAACUUUCUCAAGCUGAUGACAGAGUGGCUGUGGAGGAAGGUACAAUAGCUCUAAAAGUAUUCUGUAGUGUUAUGAUUUUAUCACUAAAGCUCAACCAACAUUUAACUUAAGAGUGGAUUUCCAUUGAUGCCGCAAAAUCUUUAUGGGCAUACGCAUGUAAAAUACACAUGCGUAAGUAUAUACGAGAGCUGGGCUCGAAAAAAGUACCAUCCGGUUGGCCGGAACAAGUACAUUUUCUUGCUGGGCAAGUAAGUGGCCCAGGGCAAGCAAAAUGAGGGAGCUGCUUGCCCAGAGAACAAACUGGAAUUCAAGUUUUUUUCGAGCCCUGAAGAGGUGGUGUAUAGAGGGGUGCGAGUAAACGUAAAAAUUUUAACAAGGUUCAACUUACAUGAUUACAUGCCACCUUCCAUACAAUGCCUCUAUUAAUUUUAUUUACGCAGGUAAAAUGCACAUGAGAAUUUUGCGGCAGUUGAAAUCCACCUUAAGUGAGAAACUAGCGUUAACUUUAGAUAACGGGAGGGAUAUGUGGGCCGCUUACCAGAAAUUUUUUUUUCAUCGUAUUUUAGGUGCGGAAUAUCCUGAGGGGGAGGCAGAGCCCCCUCCUCCAAUCAGCUUAGAGGAACUACAGGGUGAAGUCCGAACUGUGGCAAACAAAGUCCUCAGUCGUCCACAGUCUGGCAUGGUGUUCAUGGAGGAUGUCAAGACCGCAAUUGCUAUGUGGGCUGAUCGUUUAUCCUACCUCCUGGGUCCACCUAAAUCAGGUAUGCUUUAUCACAGGCUUAAACAACCUCUGUGUUGUGGACUAUGCUCAAUAGAAACCUUUAGAUUCUAAGAUGAGGACGACUACAAGAAGAAGAUUUUCUCAGAACAAAGUAGUGCGCAUGCGUGAACCAGUAUGAUUUUUCGGUAACUGUUGUAAUAUUCUAUCUACUACAGGUUUUUGUGAAAAUGUCGUAGUGAUGUAAACAAGUUAUCACAUUUUAGAAGUUUUAUCAGUCUUGUGAUUGGGAGGGGGCUUAACCUCUGUCAAUGAAAAAUGGACAAUGAAGUUUACUGGAGUGUAAUUCCUAGUGAUAUCUGUUCCCCUACGUGCCAGGGAAACACAUGCCACUCCUGAUAUGUGUUUCUUUAGUGGAAUGUGUUUUCUGUACCCAGUAACAAUUCCUAGUGAUAUGUGUUCCUCUACGUGAUAUGUGUUACACAUAUCACUAGGGAUAUGUGUUCCUGGCUUGGGGAAACACAUUUCACUAGGGAUGUGUGUUUCCUGGGUAGGGGAACACAUAUCAGGUAAGGGAACACACAUCACUAGUGGAACUUGUUUCGCAGGUAAGGGAACACAUAUCACUGGUGAUAUGUGUUCCCUUACCUGCGAAACCCUACCCUGGAACAGGUAUCCCUAGUGAUAAGUGUUCCCCUAUGCAAUGAUAUGGCCAUAUUGUCUUAGACGAAAUUCUUACUUAUGUUCUGUAAUGUACUUGUAGAUGCACGUGUCAGCUCCGCCGGCCAACAAAGACCUCCCAUGCCAGGUGUGACAACUCGAGGUGUACCAAUCCGUCCCACAAGGCACAGGAAAGUGAGCCGAUCUGCGGGUCCUUCAGUAGCAGCCCUCAGGAAAGCUUUGAUGAUUUCUGGAGGUGAGUGUGACUUCAGCAUGUUAGCGUGAAAGGAUCAGGCAAUAGAAUAACCUGCAAGCAAGCUCCUAAAGGAACUCUGGGGCAGGGGAACGUUCCCACUCCUAGAACCCCCAGGCAGCCUUCUUGCAGGCCAGCAAUAGACAUCAGUCAUGUUUUCCAUAAGAAAGUGGAACAGGAGCAUCAGGUCUUCCUCAGGGGUUAGCUAGGGAGAGAUGAUUAUGAGGGUGGGGUAAAGAGUGUUUCUCUCUCUCCACUCGCUCUCCCCCAGACUUGUUAUAGUCAACCUUUGUAGUUUCACUUUCACUGCAGAGAGCGAGUGGGAGGAGCGUUUUAGGCCGCGAGACAGCCGAGCGAGUAACUAUAUCGCAAGAGGCCCUCGUGGGCCAUAUUAAAUAGGACGAAGGACUUUUUCGAAAGUCAAGUUCUUUUACCUUCGCUUUUCUCUUCCAUUUUCUUCCCCCCCGCCCCUCACAGAAAUGUCUGAUACUCAAGUCAAAGACACAAUGACUUUAUUAGAGAGUUCAGGAAACUGUGGAGAUGGUCUUACGAUUCCAGAUGACAUUAGGAUCCCAGAGUUCUGUAAACCAUGUGAUUGAUACUUAAAAAGGUUGAUUUUUGAAAAUUGUUUCUCUCUUGCAAUGAUUCAGGUGAAGUCCCGGAAAUUGAGACCUUGAAAAACUUGCCGCCUCUUCCAGAAAGAUUCAGGAAGCCUGGCCGAGCACACCCACCGAGUGGAAUAUCUAGUGGACAUGCACGCCGUGAACAACGUGAGUUUUUUUGCUACUUUCAAUAGUUGGAGAACAUCAAGAACUAUAGUUAAACGUCAAAACAAAGGCCAGCAUAGUCCUCUACUUGUAAACAACGUUUUGGGGACUUUUGCUUUUUUGGCCAGACAAAGACCGGAAGUGGCUCGAGUAGAUUCAAACAGCGUUUUCAUCAAAAUUUCUCGGGCCUAUGCAUUAAAGUCGUACUAUUUGAUACACUUCCUGGGCGUUUUGCAGGUCAUUUACUCUUAGCUCUGAACUCUUUAAGCCAUAAGAGCAAACAAAAUUGAAUUUCUCCUUUUAAUACCCGUGCUUAAUAUAAAACACAAUAGUCAUCGAGAAUUAAGAAAGUGUGCCCACGAGAUGAAUUUAAUUCACGCUUAAACAAGGGUUGUCAAAAAGAUUUUAAGUAGCUGGAGAAUGAGAGAAAGUAGCUGCCAUGUGUUUCCCGGCGGGGCACUAGGGAUAUGUGUUUCCCAGGUGGGGGAACACAUAUCACUAGGGAUAUGUGUUUCUCAGGUUGGGGAACACAUAUCUCUAGGGAUAUGUGUUUCCCAGGUGGGGGAAGACAUAUCACUAGGGAUAUGUGUUUCCCAGGUAGGGGAAGACAUAUCACUAGGGAUAUGUGUUUCCCAGGUGGGGGAACACAUAUCGCUAGGGAUAUGUUUGCAGGCAGCAAUAACCUUAAAGUAGCCGGUGAUAUUGCCGGUUACCGGCGCUUUUUUACAACCCUUUAUCAGGUGACCCAGUGGUGACCCAGAUCUAAUGUAGCUCUUUCCGUUCCUUUCAGCCAGGAAAGGUUCCAUUUCAACCAAAGGCUCUGCUUCGUCUGGCGCAGCUCAAUCCAUUCCCUGGGAGAGAAUAUCUAAUGCUGAUAUACAAGCUGAAUUGUUUAGUUAUGCAUUGAAAGAGCCGAGUCUUAAACAAAUGCAGGCUGAUGAAAUCGAGGACGAGGAAUCGGACGAAGACGACGGAAACUUUAAAACAGCUUUAAAUGCUGUUGUCAGCGAAGUAAAACCAGACUAUGCGCUGAUUGAAGCCAAAUCGAGAAUGGCGGUUUCAUCACCAAAGAAGGACCAACAGCCGUUUAAAUUUCCACGGCCGGCGGCUUCCAAGCCGCCAGCUGGUCUUGAAAACAAAAAGCCACCAGGGCAACCCAAGGGGAAAGCGAAAACGACUCCGGCAAAGAAACCAGCCGCGCCUAAGAAAAAGGGCGGGAAGAAACCAGCAAAGCAAGGGACAAAGCAAGCUAAAACCACCAAAACUACAAAAGGGAAAUCAGAAGCACCGAAGAAGGUAGAGCUGGAGAAAACAGAGGAAGUUGGUGAGAAGGUUGCCGAGGAUUUAACGAUGGAGGAAAAAGCCGAAGUUAUUCGGAUCGAUUCGGAAACCGGUGAGCGUGAGCCUGAAGCUUCAGACGGAACUCUUGCGUCUUCUGGUGUUUCAAGAGAUACUUCAGCCAGAAUAUCUUCAAAAGCCUCUGAUGAGUUAAAGGAUAGCAAGGUUGAUGAACCCACUGAAACCAGCGAAACAUUAGUCCCCGAGCUCCCGCGAAUUGUUCCGAAACCACCCGAGCCGGAGCCUGUGCCGUCGGAGCCCGAAGAAAAGCAACCUUCUGUAGAAGAGGUGCAAAAGCCCGCUCAGGAGUCUAGAGCUGCCAGGAGGGCAGCUGAGCGAGCUGCCGCUGCAGAAAGAAGGCGCCAAGAGGUAGAGCGUAAGAGAAAGGAGAGAGAAGAAGCAAAGAGGCGCGCUCUGGAAGAGGAAGCCAGAUUGGAACAACUGAGGCUUGAGGCAGAGGAAGAAAUGAAGAGGAGAGAGGAAGAACGAAGGUAAGGAAGCUUAAUAACGCGCACUAUGUGGACUCAUGUUUGCUUCACAAGUUACUAGGUAAUGAUGGGUUAUAGUACGUAUUGGCUCAAUAAAGCGCACUAUAUUGGACCCAUGUUUGCUUCACAAGUUACUAGGUAAUGAUGGGUUAUAGUACGUACGCAAACCUCGAACCUUCUCCUCUGUUUACGCGAGGAGGGGUAGAAACAGCGCGCAUCUCAUUUACGGGGUGUUUCUUGGUGUUUCAGAAACUUUUGUUGGUUCACUUUUGUGUUGUGGUGAUGGGGUAGCCGGUCAAUUCGCCCCGGUUAAUAGAGGGCUAAGUAACCGUGGCGAAUUGACCGUAAAGCGGUGUGGAUAUUGUUCUGUGUUGUGGUGAUGUUGGGUCAGCCGGUCAUUUCGCCCCAGUUAAUAGGGGGCUAAGUAACCGGGGCGAAAUGACCGUAAAGCGGUGUGGCAUUGUUCUGUGUUGUGUUGUGGUGUUGGGGUAGCCGGUCAAUUCGCCCCGGUUAAUAGGGGGCUAAGUAACCGUGGCGAAUUGACCGUAAAGCGGUAUGGGUAUUGUUCUGUGUUGUGUUGUGGUGUUGGGUUAGCCGGUCAUUUCGCCCCAGUUAAUAGGGGGCUAAGUAACCGGUGCGAAUUGACCGUAAAGCGGUGUGGGUAUUGUGCUGUGUUAAUCUAUUGUAUUACGUCACUUGGUGAUUCCACCCAUCCACAACAUCAAGAAACUACCCAUUUACCUCAAACGAAUCCGAGAACUAUAGAAAAGUACAGUUCUCCUUGACGCCGGGUGAACUCCUCUCCUUACGCAUUUAAAACAGCCAACGACAAAGUGCAAGCAUAAUUACUAUCAGUUGGCAUUGGAAAAUGAUCACGUGGUCACUUUUGUCGUUCGUCAUGAGCCAACGUGUCAAGUGCUAAGGGACCCACCAUUUAACUCUUGAGGGGGGUGGGGGGGGGGAGUGGAUGAUUUCUGGUCAUCAAGAAUUUUUUUUCUUCCAGCAAUCUGGUGGGCAGGAUAUUUUUUUCCAUAAGCUUUCUAUUACAUUUGUGCUGCAUGCAUUUUUUUUCUUCCGACAAGCGCUUGCAGAAACUGUUUUUUUCAAAAUCAACCACCCCCCCCCCCCCGUCAAGAGUUAAAUGGUCGGCCCUAAGUGUGAGAGACGAGCGCCGCCUCGCGUUCGACCGUCCCGCUGUAAGAUCAGUCAAAAUAACGCCUGUUGUGAGGACUGCGUUAAAUUCAAUGCAAUUCGGGAAAAAAAUUUUGAAUAGCCUGGGAAUAUUGUAAGAGACUCAAUCACAAGUGCUCUGAAACGGAAAAGCUAAAAUGCUGAGAUCUUUUUGUUAAGAUCAUAGUAAAAUAUUAGUUGGUUGUUGUUGGCAUUUUAAAAAAUUCGCUCUUAGCAGUUCAGUAAUAUUCUGAUAAUAUCGGGCUAUUGGUACCUGUCCGCUCAAUGGGGAAUGGCGCUUAAUGCGGCUUGAUCGUGUUUAACUCUGUAUUUAUCUUGUGUAGACUAAGACGGCAAGAGAAAGACGAAGCAAACCAGCGUGAACGCGAGGAAGAACUGGAGCGUGAGCGACAGUCGAAGAUUAAAGCUGAGAAGGAACGGCGCGCACGCGAGGAGUGGAAGAGACGACAGCAGCAAGUACUAGCGCAGAGAAAACUGGAGGAAGAGUUAAGGCGAGAGCAAGAGAAGAUUGAAGCUGAGCUGGAGGCAGCGAGACUUAGAGAAGAAGAGGAAAGAAUAAAGGCCAUGGAAGAGUCUGAGAGAAUCGCCUUCCUGGAGAAAUUGCGUCGCGAGGAGGAAGAGUUACGAAGAAGACUUGAGGAACAGAAGCGAAUAGAAGAAGAGGAGAGGCAAUUACGAGAAGAAGAAAAAAGACGAAGGGAAGAAGCGCUGGCCUUGCUUCGGCAAAAACAGCUACAGAGACAUUUAUUUAUAGCAGGAAUAUUAAAAGAAAGCCAUUAUUUUUCAUUAUCCCAGAGAUUAACCAGAGCUUUUACGUUUUCGUAUUUUGAUCUUCUUCCUUGGAAUGAGUUAAACCACCUGACGCCACGAACCGGUUCUCCUGUGCGUGAUAUUCUUUCAUCUGUGAAGGAGAAAAUUCCUGCAACUAUUUUGGAAGAAGACGAGAAUAUAGAAGAUUAAGAGAUUGUAAAUUGGUUAUUUAUUUUAUUUGAAUUUUACGUCUCAGAGAUUAUGCGACAGAAAAGAAGAUUUAUUUGUACAUAUUUUAAGACUAAUAAG